GGAAAGGUAUGAGAAACUUUUUACCUGCAUCAAAUAUUUUCUGAUGGAAGAAGGGCCCAGUGAAAAUUGCUACGUGGGUGGGGUUAAUUCCCCUCAUUUUGUUUCAGUAAAAACACAAAAGCCAGCUAAGAGACUUUCAACUAGUGGCCGUGGCCUUGAUCUCUUUCUCAAAAGCAAUCGUUUCCCACCGCUACUGUGCCAGCUUGCAACGGCGUCGGUUCUCCCUCUGAAACAAAUUUCUUUUCUUCUAUUGUCUCGCCUUGCAGCAAAACCAAAGCUAAAAGUCCACUUCCAAGAAAAGGAGAUGACUUUUUUUGAAAAAGGAACCUUACGAAGAACUCUCUCAACUACUCCGCUUUGACUACCCACAAUAAUAUCAAUACGUGGGAUGAUGUCUGGACGCCAACUCAGCACCAAAACCUUGAGCAACAACAAAACCAAGAGAAAAACGAGAGAGCGGCAGAGCAGACGAAGCAAGAGCUGAUAUCGGCAUUCUCCAAAAUGAUGCAACCCUCCAUCCUAUCUCUCGCCUCAGAGAAGGUGUUGACCACAGAACUUGAGCCUGACAAUGCCAUCGACUUUGCGAACAUGGAAGAUUUCCUCACCAAUCUCUGGGCUUCUUCUGAUGACGCCCGCACGUCUGCCAUUGCUCCUAACACCAGCUCCAUCUCUCCACCACUCCACAGCCAAGCCUCCAGCCUCCAUUCCCCAUUUUGUCAGAAGACCAUGGAUGAGGUCUGGGCAAAGAUCAAGAGGGAGCAAACCGUCGACAGCCCCCACAUUGGAUAUGCCCAUGGUGCUUCUCACCAAUCUCCCCUCGAGGAGAUGACACUCGAAGACUUUCUUGUAAAGGUAGGUGUAAUAAAAACAGGACACAAUUCUUGUCUUCUCUUUUCACUUUCUCCACAACAGAGCCCAUGCAAUAAUUCCAGCCUACAAAUUGAUGGUGAAGAGAGAGAGUUCAACCAUAUGCUGGAAUUGGGGUGCAAGGACCCAGGGAGUCUCGUGUGCACCAAGAGUGGACCAUCUUUAGGAGGAGUCCAUCUUGGAGGGGGAGAGAACAUGGGAGAGGCAGGGUUUGGGGCACAGUGGCUGGAGAUGGGAUCACCAGUAAAGCCGAGAAAAAUAAGCCCCGCGUCCACUGACAGUCUAUCACUAGAGCAUGCGGACGGGCUUGGUGUAUAUGGUAGGGAGGAAGCAGGAGGGAGGAGCGGAAGGGGAAAGCGGGCUUUGAAUGAGAUGAUAGGGAGGGUGAUGGAGAGGCGAAAGAGGAGGAUGAUCAAGAAUCGAGAGUCUGCUGCUCGUUCUCGUGCCAGAAAGCGGGCCUACACCUUGGAGCUAGAAACAGAGGUCAAUCAGCUCAAAGAAGAGAAUGCCCUACUCCAAGAAGACAAGCAAAAGCUCUAGGCAGAAACAAGGCAACUGCUAGUUGAGUUGAUGGAUGAAAAUGCAAGGUUCAGUGCACAGAAGGCUAAGUACACCCUUCGCCGGUGCAAUAGUUGUUUGUGGUGAAAUGCCUUCAUGAGCAAUAAUCAAAGACCACCAGUAUACUCAAGUGCAGCAACAUCAGUAGUUGUUAUGUACCUAAAGUAAAAAUAAUGAUGUAAAUGGAGUGCAAACUUUCUGCACCCGACUCUAUCUCUUUUAUCAGUUUUCCAUUGAUUUUUUUGAAGAAAG